AUGGAUAACACUGAAGCUAACCCACCUUCUCUCCUUCUAGGAGUCUUUAUAAAGCACCACAGCAGCCCCAUUGUCAAAGCCAACAACCGGAACCUCACCUAUUCUCUCCUGAUCUGCCUCCUCCUUUGCUUCCUUUGUGGUUUGCUAUUCAUUGGUCAACCACAACAGGUGUCAUGUCUCUUCCAACAAACCAUGUUUGGCAUGAUCUUCUCAGUUGCCAUUUCCUGUAUGCUGGCAAAAACGAUCGUGGUGGUCCUGGCUUUCCUAAGCAUCCAACCAGGAAGCAGCCUGAGGAAGUGGGUAGGGAAAAGAGUAGGCAAUUCCAUUGUGAUUUCCUGUUCCCUUUUCCAAGCAGCGCUUUGUUUAGCAUGGCUGGCAACUUCUCCCCCAUUUCCUGAUGCUGACAUGUACUCAGAGACUAAAGCCAUUGUACUGCAAUGCAAUGUGGGGUCUGUCACCAUGUUUUACAGUGUCCUGGGCUACAUGGGCUUCCUGGCCACUGUUAGCUUUGUGGUGGCUUUCUUGGCCAGGAAGUUACCGGACAGUUUUAAUGAAGCCAAAUUUAUCACUUUCAGUCUCUUGGUCUUUUGCAGCGUUUGGUUGUCUUUUGUUCCCACCUACCUGAGCACCAAGGGAAAAUCCAUGGUGGCCGUGGAGAUCUUCUCCAUCUUAGCCUCCAGCGCUGGACUUCUGGGUUGUAUCUUUGCCCCCAAAUGUUACAUUAUUUUGCUGUGGCCUGAACUUAACAACAGGGAACAGCUGAAAAGAAGAAAAGAGGACUAA